AUGAAUGAAAAUUUGGGAUUUAUAAAAACUCAAUUAUACGCAGACGUCAAGGCAUUAGAGAAAAAGAAAAAGCGACGCGUCCCGCCCGAACAACGAAGAAGAGUCUUUCGCGCUUGUAAACAUUGUAGAGAAAAGAAGAUUAAAUGUGACGGAAACGAUCCUUGUGAGAAUUGUAGCUUGCUUGGAGUGGACUGUGUCUACACGCAGAAAAAUCAAAGUAAGCUCCCAUCUAGGGAGUAUUUGAAUGAAUUAUCUGAACGUCAGUUGUGCUUUGAGUACAUUUUUUCUAGGAUUUGCCCAGAAUUUAAUUUGGACACAAAAAAUCUGGUUGCGGUCUCUAAGAAACUAUCUGAGCAUGAAAGUUUAACUUCUGAUCAGCUCUCUACUAUCCUUAAUGAUCUGGAUCCUAUUGUUAGUAUCAACAACGAGCUAAAGAAAAACCAUAUAAGCAACGAUGACGAUGACGGUGCUUCUGCUCCGAAUAGCAAAGGUCCUAGUUUUUCUCAUGAUUUGCUUCAAAACGAACCGGCUGUCACUCUUGAUGAGUCAUUGCUAAUAGGAAAAAUGGAGGAUACGAUGUAUCUUGGGCCUACCUCAGUGGACCAAUUCUUAAAAAAGAUUCAAAAUGAUACUAGUCUAAACGAUUUCUCCACUAAAAAUUCUCUUUUACAAAACCAACCUACCUCAUUUUUCUUUAAUUCAGAAUUAGACGAGUAUUUACUCUCUCAUGCUCGUGACCUUAUCCCUUCUCUCACUGUAACGGAAUUUCUAGUGAAUACGUUUUUUACGAACAUUCAAACCAAUUUGUUCUUUUACCAUGCAUCAUUUUUCAAAAUUCGUCUGGAAAUUUUUCUUUCGAUAAAAAACCAAACUGAUCCUGGAUUCCUUUGUAUACUAUUGAUGGUACUCGCUUUUGGAAACCAAUAUAUGAUUGAACACCAAACUGACCCCGUAGCAGCAAGUCCUCAAGCUUGCGUAAUAGGGAAUCGGCUCUUCUCCGCCGCAGUUAGCAUUUUCCCAAUGGUUUUGCUUCAAGGUAACACAAACACAGUUCAAUCUGCUAUUUUAAUUGCUCUUUAUCUUCAACCUACAGUAUAUCAAAAAGCUAGUUAUUCUUACUUUGGUUUGGCAGUUAAGACGGCUAUCUCCUUAGGAUUACAUAAAAACUGUGAGGACUUUACCCUUAGUCAAAGCUCUAGAGAACUUCGAAAUCGUCUUUGGUGGUCAGUGUUUUGUGUUGAUCGGUUCAUUAGCAUUGCGACAGGUCGACCGUUUAGUAUCACUUUAGAUAAUGUGACCACCCCUUACCCGAGCGUUUUGCUUGAUUUAGAAGUACCUGGUAUUCCUUCAAUGGUUACUAAUAUGUGCGCAGUUAUAGAGCUGACUAAAAUCACGAGUGAAGUGUGUGAUUGUCUGUACUCGAAAGUUCCAUCCGAUUUUAAUACGCAGCUAUCUCAUGUUCGAAGACUAUGUGCUCGUCUUGAGCUUUGGAAACGGAAUUUGCACCAUUCUCUUCUAUGCGAUGAGUCUUCGCCACAACAUCCUCAUUUCCGGUUAAACGCUCAAUUACAAAUGAUUUACGACAAUGCGGUUAUUCUUGCUACCCGAUUUGUAUUGCUAUUCAAAUAUAAGGGAAAAAUUCUUAGCCCAGAAAAUCUUCAGUACGCAAAUAUGUGUGUCGACAGCUCUUGUCGUAUUGUUAUUAUCGCCCAUCAGUUGUUCCAAAACAAGCGUCUGUCUAGUUAUUCGUUUUUUGAUGCAUAUCUCCCUAUAUGCAGCGGAAUUAUCUUGCUAGUAUGCUCUCACUAUGAGCCUUCUCUAGAAAUUGACGAUGCCAUAUCCAAAUUGUGGGAAGUUAUGGAAUUUCUAUCUCAACGAAAUGAAACUACUCGGUUAAACUUGCAAACCUUGAAAGAACUUUCAGAACAACUCGCAAAUAAGAAGGCUUUUUCUUUUGUUCCUGAAUCGAGUGACUUUCAAUUUAGCUUUCGAAAGUGGCAGUCUUGGGUUGGAGAUAUGUCUCAAAAUGAUUAUUUGCAACAGCAAAGAGCUUCCGUUUCAGAUCCUAUUUCAAUUGAUGAAAGUACUUUAGUUGAUCGUAGAAACGGAGACCUCCCCCAAUCAGAUCAUCUUUCAUCGUCUGUUUCGAACACUGAGUUUUUGGCUGACCCAUCCACGUUGCUUCUCCGUAACACUUUUCCGUCUGCUGAUGAUCUCGACUUAAACAUAGACAUAGACAGGCAAUGGCCGGCUCCGCCUUUUUUAAGCUGGGCAGAGCUGAUGCAUCCUUCUAACGAGUCAAAUCCUCCUCCUAAUACUGAUCCUUCGCUUCAAUGA